AUUAUCGUCUAAUAUGUGAUUACUCUUUCCCACUCCAAAAUUGGUGAAUACUUUUCCCCACACCAAAAGCCUCUUGCUGCCACGGAAAUCGUAAUAGUACCAUACUCACGUCACUUUGUAUCAAUCUUGUGAUUCAUGUCCAAUAUAUAAACUUUCAAAAUCUCCAUAAGGAAACACUUCUCUAGCCUCCAGUUUUAUUAUUUUAAUUUUAUCAAACCUCGAAGCUCUCAAGUCUCAACAAUGGCGGAACUUAAGAAAUACAUCUACGAGGUCGAACCUCCGAAGCCUGAACUAGAUGGAAAACCUUCUGUUGGACCUGUUUAUCGUAGUAUCUUCGCUAAAGAUGGAUUUCCUCAACCUCCUCCUGGCAUGAAUACGUGCUGGGACAUCUUUCGAAUGGCUGUAGAGAAGUAUCCCAAUAAUCCAAUGCUUGGCCAUCGUGAGAUUGUGGAUGGAAAGGCUGGAGAAUAUGUAUGGCUUACUUACAAGAAGGUAUAUGACAUAGUCAUCAAAGUGGGAAAUGCUAUCCGUCAUUGUGGUGUCGGAGAGGGAGGACGUUGUGGUAUUUAUGGUGCAAAUUGUGCUGAAUGGGUCAUGAGCAUGGAGGCUUGCAAUGCGCAUGGACUCUAUUGUGUCCCUUUGUAUGACACUUUAGGGGCUGGUGCUGUGGAAUUUGUCAUCAACCAUGCUGAAGUUUCAAUAGCAUUUGUCGAAGAAAAAAAGAUUCCUGAGCUGCUUAAAACUUUGCAAAACACGUCGAAAUUUUUGAAAACUUUGGUUAGUUUCGGGAAGGUUACACCUGAGCAGAAGGAUGAAGUGGAAAAAUUUGGCCUGAAGAUAUAUAGUUGGGACGACUUUUUGGAAUUGGGAGGUAAUGAACAACAUGAACUGGUGAAAAAGGAUAAGAGUGAUAUAUCCACAAUAAUGUAUACUAGUGGGACAACUGGUGAACCAAAGGGUGUACUCAUUUCAAACGAGAAUAUUAUUACUCUAAUAGCUGGUGUAAACCGCUUUCUUGAAGCUGAGAAUGAAGAGUUAACGACAGAGGAUGUGUAUCUGUCGUACCUGCCUUUGGCUCAUAUCUUUGAUCGGGUAAUAGAGGAGUGCUUUAUAUCUCAUGGUGCACGAAUAGGAUUUUGGAGAGGGGAUGUCAAGUUAUUGCUUGAAGAUGUUGGAGUGUUAAAGCCAACAGUUUUCUGUGCUGUUCCUCGUGUAUUAGAUAGAAUUUAUGCAGGUUUGCAAGAGAAACUUCGAGCUGGUGGUUUGUUGAAACGUACACUUUUUGGCUUUGCAUACUCACGUAAAUUCAAUAACAUGAAGAAGGGUGCGAAGCAUUCAGAAGCAGCUCCCAUAUUUGAUAAAAUUGUCUUUAAAAAGGUGAAGGAAGCUUUGGGGGGAAGAGUGAGACUGAUACUGUCUGGGGCUGCACCACUUGCUAAUCAUGUAGAAACAUUUUUGCGUGUAGUAGCAUGCUGUUACGUGUUGCAAGGAUAUGGUUUGACUGAAACCUGUGCUGGAACUUUUGUUUCACUACCAAAUGAGGUCGAGAUGAUUGGGACAGUUGGCCCACCAGUGGCAAAUGUGGAUGUAUGCCUUGAGUCAGUCCCUGAGAUGGGAUAUGAUGCACUUUCUAGCACACCGCGUGGCGAAAUCUGUAUCAGGGGAAAAACACUCUUCUCAGGCUACCACAAACGAGAAGACCUUACAAAGGAAGUCAUGGUUGAUGGAUGGUUCCACACAGGUGAUGUUGGAGAAUGGCAACCAAAUGGAAGUAUGAAAAUCAUUGACCGUAAAAAGAACAUUUUUAAGCUUUCACAGGGUGAGUAUGUUGCAGUUGAGAACUUGGAGAACAUCUAUGGACUUUGCUCUGCCGUUGAUUCAAUAUGGAUUUAUGGGAGUAGUUUCCAGUCAUUCCUUGUUGCAGUUGCCAACCCCAAUAAGGGUGCACUUGAGCGUUGGGCUCAAGCAAAUGAAAUAGAUGGGGAUUUCGAUGCUCUGUGCAACAACCCUAAGGCAAAGGAGUACAUACUCGGAGAGCUCUCAAAGAUUGGAAAAGAGAAGAAGCUAAAAGGCUUCGAGUUUAUCAAAGCUAUUCAUCUCGAUCCAGUGCCCUUUGACAUCGAACGUGACCUCCUUACACCAACUUACAAAAAGAAGAGGCCACAAAUGCUCCAGUACUAUAAGACUGUUAUUGCUGAUAUGUACAAGAAUACCUAGUAAACAAAAUGCCCAGAGCAGAAGGCCGUCUAUUUUCUUGACUUUAGUUUGGCUCACUUUAUACUAUUUCAUUCUAUCCCCGUUCCGCUGUACAUUCUUUUGCUGAUAUAAGUUAUGUGGACUAUGGUAGUGAAAAUUGUAUCUGAUAAAUUGAACUUCUUUAUAAUAUGUAUUGUAUCAAUAAAAUAAACAUUUAUUUAUAUGAAAUGCGAACUCAUUAUAAUGAAACAACAAUAAUGGCUAUAAGCCUUAAUUUCAAGAAUGAGUUGACAGCAUUACAACAAAUAAAACUAUGAGAUUGUGAGUGACAAUUGGUCAUAUUAUUCAUA